CGGGGCUUCACCGGCGAGGGCGGGUGUAUAGUGAACCUAUUGUCGCUUAAAUAUAUAUCUCGGCUUCUAUGUAGCCGCGCUUUUAUUGCCGGCAUUUUAAACACUUUAAUUGAAAGUAUUACAAAGUUAAAAAGUCUGAUCCUGUGGUUGCGUGCAGGUACCUGUCUGUUUCAAGCACUCACAGCUGUCAUGAGUUGGCCCCAAAUCACGCAUCUGUUAGGUAGUGGCAUGUGGCUUUUACCUAUGAAUUUCUGCCAUCUGCUGUUCUGCCGACUGCCACAAUACUUGCAAAAACUGAUUGCUUGGUAUGAAUUUUCAUCCUAGGAACGAGUGUUUUUACCCUCUUCCCCGUUCUCUAAGUGGUCUUGUUCUAGUAGUUUUUCAUUUUUUCUAUGCUGUGUAGUUGCUCAAUGCAAAAAUUUAGCCACAGAGUCAUUGGAAUGGCACCCUAGAACUGUGUGGUGUAAAAGCAUGUAACCAACAAAUAUUUUAGAAUCAAAACCAAAUGGGGGUUGGUAGGAAAAAACCCAACAAAGUUCUUAUGUUUACAGGAAGUUGCUGUAUAGAAGGCUACCUCAGAUUUUGAUAAGCAGACAUGGCUGUCACACUGCAUACGGAUGUGGGAGAUAUUAAAAUUGAACUGUUCUGUGAGCGUACUCCAAAGACUUGUGAAAAUUUCCUGGCUCUUUGUGCUAGUAACUACUACAAUGGAUGCGUAUUUCACCGAAAUAUAAAGGGCUUCAUGGUUCAGACAGGGGAUCCAUUAGGCACUGGGAAAGGAGGUAACAGCAUCUGGGGCAAGAAGUUUGAAGAUGAAUUCAGUGAAUAUCUAAAGCACAGUGUCCGUGGGGUAGUUUCCAUGGCAAACAAUGGUCCCAACACCAAUGGAUCACAGUUCUUCAUCACUUACGGCAAACAGCCUCACCUGGACAUGAAGUACACGGUGUUUGGAAAAGUUAUUGAUGGCUUGGAGACCCUGGAUGAGCUGGAGAAGCUGCCUGUGAAUGAGAAAACCUAUCGACCUCUUAAUGAUGUUCGCAUUAAAGACAUUACAAUUCAUGCCAACCCUUUUGCACUGUAGCCACAGAAUGCUACAACACAUUCUGCAGAGACUGGUCAGAUAAUUCCCAGAUUAUGGGGUUUAAAGAGCCAUUAAAAAGGGUUACUUCAGCUGGAUCAUAUCUUUGCUUAUUGAAUGCAGAAUUUUCAGGAGCUUUAACGUUGUUUGGGAGUUGUCACAGAGAGGUCUUCUGCUUCAGAAGCCAGGUUUUCCAGAGUAUCUUCCAGCAUUUUGAUUUUUAAGCAUUGUUUUUUAUACUUGUAAAAUAAAAAUACUUUAUUUUUUUUUCCUAAUCUUUGGUUUUUGCAUUAUCUUUCUGAGUGAUGUUAUGUUAAAGCAAUGUCCUUUGCUAUAAUUUUAUGCUACCAAUUAUGUGAAACUUUCUCAUUAUGUGUCACCUUCUUUACCUUUUUCAAAAGAGUAAAGUAAGACAUGCAGUUUUUCCCCCUAGGUGAGAGCAGAGUCAUAAAUAGAUGAAACCUUUCCCUCCCAGAAGAUUAAAGAACAUAUUUAGAGCAGUGUUUGCUCUUGUGCUGCUGUGUUGGAAUGAUAACCUCUUAAGCCUUUCCAAAAGAUAGAUGGGAGUAGUUUCUUCUGCUUCUGGCACAGCACUAUUGCUAUGAAAGAGUAAGUAUUUCUGUCCUUACAUAGCUGUUGAUUGAAACUAGGUAACAUGGAUUUAUUGUAACUUGUUUUUCAUCACUUUUUUGCACAAAGACUAGGGGGUAGACAAAACAAAGAGCGCUGUCAAAAAGGCUGAGGUCACAUGGUGUCGAACAGAUAAGAGCCAUUUUGGGCUUCUUUCCCCAGUCCUCUUUCCACUCAGUGAGCAUCCCUUAGCAAAGGGAUAUGCUUUGUAAUCCUUAGGAGGCUCAAGGUCCAGCUGACUUGCAGUCAUCUUCAAAUCAUUAUUUUCCAUUUUGAGACUUUGCCUCUUAAAAUAAUGAGAAGUCAUUUACAAGAGAAAGGCAAAGAAUGCCAGGUACAGAAUACUGAGGUAAUGAGAAGACUUAAUACCUGCUGGGGAAAAAGUUUCUGUAUUCUUCAUGGCAUGUUGUUUUAAGCUCCCAGCCCUUGUUCCAGGCUUAGUAUGUUUUAGUGUAAUACUUCAGUGAAGUAAAGGAUUUUAUUCUUUCA